CUUGCCCAGUUGUGCAAACGUGAGAAAAGUGUGUUAGUUGAGGAUAAAGCUGAUUAGCUUGGACACCUCAUAUUUUGUCUUUAACAGACAGGAAUGCUUAAUUAUCCCUAGCCCAUUUCCAUUAAUGUUGUUGCUGCUUCUGAUGACGCCCAGCCCACGUCGUCUGCCCCUCCCCCCCUCUGGUCAUGUGUGCCUUUUUUGUUUGCAGUGGAAUAGUUUAUCACGUCUCAACUAGUGCUGCAGACCAAACACACAAACACGGGCAAUCUGAGAAAAUGAAAAGUGCUGAUGUUUGAAGAUGGCUGGCUAGCUCUUUUUGUCAUACUUUUGGUGUUAGUAUUUGGCUUGGGCUAAACAAUACAAUGGAUUGUUUCACCAGGAUCUACAUUGGAACUUUGAUUCCAACAAGACUAUUUUCACUUUAACCCUUAGGUGCCCAGGAGUCUUGGUCUAAAUGGGUCCAGUCAUGCCUCCCAGCAAGAAGCCGGAAGGUUCAGGAAUCAGUGUUUCCAGUGGACUGAGCCAGUGCUAUCCAGGAAGCGCUUUAACCAAGGACCUCCAGGAAGCUGAGGAGCUGGACUUAACACUGCCCACCAUCAAAUUGGAAAAAGGGGCCAUGGAAGAUGAAGAGUUGACAAACUUGAACUGGCUUCAUGAGAGCAAGAACUUGCUCAACAGUUUUGGGGACACUGUGUUGCGGAGUGUGAGCCCUGUUCAGGAGAUUGAUGACGAUACCCCUCCUUCCCCCGCACAUUCAGACCUGCCCUAUGAUGCCAAGCAGAAUCCAAACUGCAAGCCUCCGUAUUCCUUCAGCUGCCUCAUAUUCAUGGCCAUCGAAGAUUCUCCUUCCAAGAGACUGCCAGUAAAGGAUAUUUACAAUUGGAUCCUUGAACAUUUCCCUUACUUUGCUAACGCCCCCACCGGGUGGAAAAACUCUGUCAGACACAACCUGUCGUUGAAUAAGUGUUUUAAAAAGGUGGACAAAGACAGAAGUCAGAGUAUUGGGAAAGGUUCAUUGUGGUGCAUAGAUCCGGAGUACAGACAAAAUCUAAUUCAGGCAUUGAAAAAGACACCUUAUCAUCCGUACUCCCAGGUGUUUAAUACACCUCCCACAUCUCCUCAGGCAUAUCAAAGCAUGUCAAGUCCACCUAUUUGGCCAGGGAGUCCAUUCUUCAGAAAAAAUGGAGUUCUUUUACAAGAUCCUGACAUUGAUGCUGCCACUGCCAUGAUGCUUUUGAAUACUCCAGACCUAUCAGCUACUUGUGAGUAUCAUAUCCCUCAGGGAGUAAUCCAGAAUGGAGCUCGUAUUCUGAGCCGAGGGAUAUUUGCGGGCAUCAGACCACUGCCAAUCAAUCCUAUAGGAAGCAGGGCAGCUGCAGUAAGGAAUGUACUUGCUAACUGCCGGAUGCGAAGCGACAGUGAGCCGUCCUGUGGUUCCCCUGUCGUAAGCAGCGACCCUAAAGAAGAUCAUAACUACAGCAGCGCCAAUUCUUCCAAUCACAGAAGCACCUCUCCCACCAGCAACUCAACCUCAUCUACAGACGACCAUUACGACUUCGCUGCGAAGGGCAGCCGCGAUGGCAGCGAAGUGAGCGAGGGUAGUUUCCAAAGCAAUGAAAGCCACAGCGAAACUGAGGAAGAGGACAAAAAAAUUAUUAAAAAGGAGACCAAGGAUUCUCUUGCUGACAGCGGCUAUUUGGCGCAGCACAAGAAAAGGCAACAUUUGACAAAAGCGAAACAAAAGGUUUCCAGUGAUACUCUGCCUUUAAAAAAGAGGCGCACAGAGAAACCACCCGAGAGUGAUGACGAGGAGAUGAAAGAAGCAGCCGGCUCCCUCCUUCAUCUGGCAGGGAUUCGCGCCUGUUUAAAUAAUAUCACCAACAGGACGGCAAAGGGGCAAAAAGAGCAAAAAGAGUCUAUGAAAAAUUAGGACUGAAACAUCAGUUUUAAUGGAAUUUACUAUUUUUUUUUUUCAGGACAUCAGGUGAAUUCUAAUGAUUUGUGGCAAUAUCAACAAUCACUUUGUUUUCCUAUAUUUUUAGAGCCUUGUUUUGUUUUUUUUUGUUUGUUUGUUUAAAGGAGCUUAAAGCCAUAGCAAAACUUUUACUGAUGCUCAGAUAAUUUAGACCCCAACUUUUUACGACCUGAAAAUGAAAAAUGAAUUGGCCAUAUUCGUGGGAAACAAAUCAUUCUAUGUGGGACACAAAACAAAAUCUAAAUUUACGAUUUUGAUUCAAGUAAGAAACAAAAGUAAUCGCAAUCCCUGUAAUUCAGCAAAGUAAAGUUUUUGCACAGUUAUCUGGACGUUUAGCUGUAUCAAUGUGUACGUGUUGGAAGGAGACAGUGAUACAUGAUUUGUCGUGUUGUGGAUAUUUCUAUUAUGAAAUGCAUGCAAAAAUAAGCAGCACUACGCCCAGUGUCUUUAUUUGUGGCAUAUGGUCAAGAAACAGUAGUUCCAAAUUAUUUUUUUUAAGUUCUUGGUUAGCCAACAAUGACAACUGCACUUAAUUUACUACUGUGUUGUCACUGUGGCUGUUGUUGUAAAGACUGCUUGAAUGGCCAAUAAAACUGUGUCACAUCAGAAAGUUAUCGAAAUGGAAAGAAAGAAUUGGAUACAGGUGAUUGGUAUUGUUUUCAUCCAUAGAAUUCGGUCUUCUAUAAAUAUAUAUAACAUUACUUAAAAGCCAUAAGCCUGAGGUUUCAGAGCAGUGUGCAGAAAUAUAACAUGUCUUCUAAACUGCCUAUGUAAAGAAAAAGAAAAAAAAAGUGAGGACAAAAUUGUAAUCUAGUGAUUUAUAAGAGAAUAGUGAUACAUUAGUGGGGAUCAGUAAGAGUAAUAUGGGAUUGACAGAAGCUACAAGCCCUGCCAUUAGUAUUAUACUGGC